GCGUACCGAUGUUAUUAGCAUAAUAAUAAUAAUAUAAAUUAUAAUCACGAUCACAAUCAUCAUAACCAUAAUCAUAAUAAUGAUCAUGUGUAUAUUAUUUACAUAAAUCUAACCGCGUUUAACGACAUCGAUUCCCGAACGUGUAAAGUUGUCGUUUAACGAUCUAUAUAGUAUAUUAGUCAACAUAGUACUUAGGAAAGUUAUUAUUAUUAUAUUUUAAUACUAUACGUACCGUUUGUUUAACGGUUAAAUCGAAGUUUAGGCGACGUUCGAACGCAUCGCCCGUAAGCACGUAUUAUAUUAGCGACGACGCCGCCGCACACGUCGGAAGAGUCAGACGCGUCUCACUUUUCCCGCACUCUCUCCGUCGCUCGCUCGCUCUCGGACGCCCGGACGUCUCCGUCGUCUCCCUCACACGUCUUGCUCCACUUGCCCUGUCACUGUCUCUUUUUUUCUUUCUAUUUUUCUUCGUUUCGUUUUUUUUAUUUUUCAUUUUGUCGUUGACCGAAAAUGUGUUUGCCGACAGUUGACCGCGUAGUUCGCAGUGCCGAUACGUGUGCGUUUGGAAAAUGCCACUGAGCUUGGGCGGUUCUCGACGGACUGCAAGUAGCGAGUCAACUAUCAUAAUUCAUAAUAUUAUUUUAGUUUGUCAGCUGUUUUGGCUAUACCUAACAAUAUAAUAUUAUAUACUUUACGUGAAUUUAUUGUUUUCGUUUAUUUUAUUUGUUUACUGAAACAAAAAAAAAACUAGUCAAAAAUCUAAAAAGAAUUAUAAUUAUCAAUAUGAUGCAAAACGGAAUGGAUUCACUACCACAUAAUGGUUCUAUACAUACCUCAAGUACAAAUUCUCAUGCAUCACAAGGAAAUUCUUUGAAUGAAGAAAGUAAAACCAACCUUAUUGUAAAUUAUUUACCUCAAACAAUGACUCAAGAAGAAAUUAGAUCACUAUUUUCUUCAAUUGGUGAAGUUGAAAGCUGUAAACUUAUUAGAGAUAAAGUCACAGGAUCUCUUCCAUCAGGCCAAAGUUUGGGUUAUGGUUUUGUUAACUACCAUCGACCAGAAGAUGCAGAAAAAGCAAUUAAUACUUUAAAUGGACUAAGAUUACAAAAUAAAACAAUUAAGGUAUCAUUUGCAAGACCUAGUAGUGAAGCAAUUAAAGGGGCUAAUUUGUAUGUCAGUGGUCUUCCAAAACAUAUGACUCAACAAGACCUUGAAAAUUUAUUUAGUCCUUAUGGUCGGAUAAUAACAUCAAGAAUUUUAUGUGAUAAUAUGACUGAUAUGUUCACAGUGCGACAAUUUGUAGGAAAUACUGGAGGAGAUCAUUCGCCGUCAAUUUCAAAAGGUGUUGGUUUUAUAAGAUUUGAUCAAAGAAUUGAAGCAGAACGAGCAAUUCAAGAAUUAAAUGGAACUGUUCCCAAAGGUUCAACAGAAUCAAUUACUGUGAAGUUUGCCAACAAUCCUAGUAGCAAUAAAGCAGUACCUGCAUUAGCAGCUUAUUUAACUCCUCAAGGAGCUCGAAGGUUUGCUGCUGGCCCUAUUCAUCACCCUACUGGGCGCUUCAGGUAUAUUCCACUCUCCCCUUUAUCCAGCACUGGAAAGACCAUGCUAGCCAUAAACAAAGGCUUACAGAGAUACUCACCAUUAGCCGGCGAUCUGUUAGCAAACUCUAUGUUACCUGGUAAUUCAAUGAAUGGAUCUGGCUGGUGCAUAUUUGUGUAUAACUUGGCGCCGGAAACAGAAGAAAAUGUAUUGUGGCAACUAUUUGGUCCAUUUGGUGCUGUACAGAGUGUUAAAGUUAUUAGAGAUUUGCAAACAAACAAAUGCAAAGGAUUUGGAUUUGUCACUAUGACUAAUUAUGAUGAAGCAGUUGUUGCCAUUCAAUCUCUUAAUGGAUAUACGUUAGGCAACCGUGUACUUCAAGUAUCGUUCAAAACCAAUAAAGGCAAAGGAGAUGCAUCCAGUUUGUUAAUGUCUCUUGCUGAUUCAUUAACUGACUGUUAAUAAUUUCAUCAAUCUUCUUCGAAUAUUUUCAAAUGUUUACAUAAUUCAUUCUCCCUUCUAAUACAUCUUUAACUGAAUUGCAAAUUCGCUGAUAUUUAUCAUGUCUAAAGAAGGUAAAUUAUGUUUAUUUAUUAAUUAUAUUUUUAAUUAGAUACAUUUAAAUUAAAUCGCGUGCACCAUAAUAACGUUAUCAAAAUAAACACUUUUCAAGCCAUAUUAUAAAUAAUAUACAAAUUAUAAUUUUUUUUUUUUUUUUUUAAUGUUAAUAUUUCCUAAAACAUUUUGUUAAUGUUUGUGCAAUAUAAUUAUUAUUGGUACCCAUCUUAUAUAAAAAAUUUCCCAUUUUUCCUUUACUUUACUUUUGGAACAGAUUUAAAUAAUAAUUGCGCAAGCAUAUUGACUGAUAGUGUUCUGUUCUAUUUAACGUUGCUAGUCUAAGAUAUUCCUAAUAUUUUAUAUUUUAAAUUUAAAUUCGUAAAUAAUUUAUAAUAUUUUCUUUUUCUUUUGUUGCUAUUAUUCCAUUUAUAUGUGUGCGUGUAUUAUGUGUGUACAUAACAAUGUAAGUGUGUUUAUAUUAAAUAUAAAUUCAUUCGUGUUUACUAUAUAUUUAGGUAAAUAUCAUAUUUACCAAUUUACAUAAAAUGUCCAUGAGAAGCUAUAUGUAAGUCAAUGUAAUAUUUUUACUUUUUUACUCGCUCUUAAAAUGCCAUUAGGUACAAGAAAAAACAAUACAUUUUAUGUACUUAAUAAAAAAUAAUCUUAUCUACCCCCCUCACCAUCAAUAAAAGACAAUUUCUGAUACAAUUUCAUAUUUUUUGAAUUUAUUUUAUUGUUUAAUAUUUUGAGUGAAAGUUGUUACCAACAGUUGAGAAUAUGAAAAUGUAAUGAUUAAGAUACUAUUGCAAGAACUAUUAUUCAUAGAAAACUUGUUCAUUUUGCAUUUAUUAAUAAUUCUGAAAGAAUCGAGUCAAUUUCUAUAACGUACCUAUGUAAUAUUAAGAACAUAAUUGUUUGUUUUUUUGUUGCUUAUACACAGUUGUGCGAGUACAUAACUAAAUUAUUUGAUUUAUUUUACUUGCACAUAAACCAGUGUGAUUAUUGAUCUCAAUGAACAGUAUUCAACACUGUUUAAAAACAAUGACAUAUAAAUCUAAUUAGUACUGAUUGUAGUACAGAAUGUUAUAACAGGUGGACUUAUUGGAGAUUAUCUAACAAAAGUUAAUAAUUUAAUUUAAAAUCACAGGGUAAUUUUAUGAAGGCAAGUUUAAUUCAAAAACAAAAUUCUAUCACUAAAAACUGGAUAUUUUUAAUGUAAUAUUUAUUUAAUACGUAUCCGGGAUUAAAUAAAUUCUUCUUUACCUACAAAUAAAGUUUAUAGAUAAUAUACCGUUAAAAUGAGAACAUAUGAUUUUUAAAGUUUGAGUUGUAAAUGUUACAGUUCUAUCAAUUACAAAAAUAUUAGAAAUAUUCCAACUAAAUAAUUUAUAAGCUUCAGAUAAUUAAAAUAAUUCACUAACAUCAAAUUUAAUUUACUCAUGAAUCAAUGAAUCACAUUAGAAAAAUGCUUCUAAAAUUGUCAUUAUUAUCUCCAAAAUCUUCUGUAAGUCCACCAAGUUUCUUCAAAAUAAAAUUUGAGUUUGAUUUCUGCUUCUUUACUUUAUUUAAUUAAUUUAAGGUCUUUUUAGUAUCAUCGUCCGUGUAGUUAUAAUUUAAAACAUCAGUACCUGAUUACGCCAGCUGUAACUUAUAUUUUUAGACCGAAUUAUUGGUCUGAUUGAUAGUUCCUUCAUAAUUUAACAUUCCAGCACGGUGUUUGAUAGUGAAAAUAUUAUAAUAUACACGGAUAAUAAAAAUAAAAGUUCAUAAGUUUUUUAUUUUAUCAGCUAUAAUAAAAACGUAUGGAAUAAGAAAAGACUUAAAUAUAAAUAAUAUAACGAGAAAGAGACUGAAAUUAGUUAUCAGUAUACAAGUUAGGAAAAUUACGUUAAAAUUUUAAAGAUAUAGAUCAUAAUAUUAAUACUAAUCAUGAUAUAAUAUACUCAAUAUUUCUUGAAGAGUUUCUGAUUCCUUUAAUAAAAGAAAACUGUCUCUAUUUAUUAUAAUCUGUAAGUAUUCGUGUAUCAUUAAUUCAGCCAUUCUAGUUUAGUAUUUUAUGUUUAUGACGCCUUAUAAAUCAAAUUAUCUAGUUAUUAUAAUAGAAAUGUAAUAACUAAUAAGUGUAAAAUAUAUAAAUAAAUAAAUAAAAAAAUUAAGCAGAUAUGUUAAUUUAAAACUAUAAAACUGUUGGUUAGCUUUAAAAAUAAUGAACUUCUUUAUGUUUAUUAAUAUCUGCAAUAUGCAUAUAAAAUAAAUAAGUAGCUAUUCAAAAUAUAUUUAUUAGGGUUUAUAGAAUUUAGUCAGUACUGCAAUAAAUAAUAAUAUAUUCUUUAUAAAUAAUAAUAACAUCCAUGCUGUAGGAUAUUGAUUUAUUAUUUAUAUAUUCAAGAAAAAUAUUAUCAAAUUGUAUGUUACAAAUAAAAAUGUUGUUGAUAAAAUAUAGAAUAAUGUUUGAUACACCUAUACGUAUAGUUAAUAAUACUUAUACAUUUCUUAGAUGUAUUUUUUUUGCGUACAUAGCAAUGUUUUUACAAGAUUCUAGUCAAUAGAUAAGCAUUUUUUAACUAAUCUUAAUUUUUAAAAAAAAACAAAAAUAUAAUUUAGUUAAAUGUAUUCAAAUUAGAACAGAUAAAAUAGUUUUAUUGUAAUAUAGACAUUUCAUCAAAAAUUGGUUCUGUGUGUAUUCAAAUUUAUAAAUAUUGGAAUAAGAUUGAUUAUUUAUUGUUUACUGUUCAGUAAAAUUUAAAAAAAUUUAGUGCUCAAAUUAAAUUCUUUCAUGAACAUUUUUUUUAAACAUAAUUACCGAAUUGCCGAAUCUAUUUUUAUAUUCGACGCUCAAUCCAUUCGGUUGAAUAUUCUCAGGCUGUUGAUUAUGUAUAUGAAUAACAUCAAUGUAAUUGUUUUUUCUUGAAUUUAUAAUGUGCAGUGCAUGAACAUCAAAAUUUGUAUUUGUUAGAAUUUCACAAUAAAUAAAUCACUCAUAAUUAAUUAACAUUUUCGGUAGGCUUUAAACGUACUUCAACUCAAAUUCAUUGAGCUAUUUACUUAAUUUUAUAAAUCUGUAGAUGCAAAUGGUUUUUUCAUUCGUUGUUGGACUUAAUUCAAUUAUAAAAUAAUAAAAAAAAUUAUUUUCUCAAUAAAUACAUUUAUACUUCAAUGUAUAAGUCAACGACAUUGCUAUUCAGUAUUCUUAUUACAAUGAGUAUGCAGCAUGCACACAAAUUUAUCGGUUCCAAAAUAUUGUAAAAAUUAAAAAGUCAAUCAAAAUGGCAAUUUUGCUUAAUAUACUCUAGUCAUAUGUAUAGGUAUAUCUGUAUUUAUUUUUUGUUUUUCGGUGCUAAAUUAUUCAAAUAUUUCGUACAUAUUUUUUCUUUUCAUGCUUUAGUUUAUUUCGGUCAGGAUGAAGGCCACUUUUUUUUGUUAGUAUUAUUAUAUGAAUGUAUUAUAAAAACACCUAGAGUUUUUUCUUGUACUUCAAAAGGAGUGAGAUAAAAGUUUAAGGUAUGUGAAAUUAUAGAUUAAUUAGACAAUUUAAUUGUUUACAGCCAUAGUCAUUAUAGUUGGUUACCAUGUUAGGCGUGCAAUAGAUUGGGUUAAGUUCUAAUAAAUAUAACACAUACUAUUUACAUAUUGGCAUUUAUAACUUACUCUUUAUUAAAAUAUUAUGUUAUUAAUCUAUUUGUAAGUAUUCGGGUGUUUAACUGAGUGUGAGUGUAGUCAAUAUUUUGAAUAUAACAAUAACAAUUUGGCUCAUUUUAAAAUUCUGCUGUACCAUAAUAUUUCCUGUUUAAAAUUAUGUCAAACAUAAUAAAAAUAAUAAUAAUAAUAAUGUCUAUAAAAUAAACUUAAUAUUUUACCAAGAAAAGUAUUAAAAAUAUCCAGUUUUUGUACUGAGGCCACUUCAGAUGUAGGUACCUAAUAAAAUAUAAGUAUUUGAACACUCAUAAAUUACUCAGAAACAAUAUUUCCUAUUAUUAAUGCUACUAGUAAAAUAAAGAACAACACUAAAUUAUUUGAUAAUACGUUGGUAGAAGUUAAAUAUUAUUUAUUUUCAAUCCAGAACAAAAAAAAAUAUUUUGCAAGUUAUUAUAUAGAUAAAAUAAUGAAAAAUUGCAAAUAAAACUAAACUUACAUGUAUACAUUAAUAUUAGUUUAAAUAACGCACAUUAAUACUAAUUGUUUGUAUUUGAGGUUUUUAUUUGGAACUUUUAAUAUUUUAUAUUCGUUUUAAUAAAAUUCCGUGAUAUAAAUUUCUGGAGUGUUUUGUAGUAUUUUUGAUUAUUAGCUUUUCGAUAUGUAUACUUAAAUAUUCUUAUUGGUCUUUAGAUAAUUUUUUUUAGAAAAUAAUUUUAUCGAUUUUAUUUAGAUUCUUAUGAACUCGUUGUUUAACCACGUAAAUUAUCUAGAAAACUUCUUUUAAAAAUAAAAAAAUAAAAAAAAAAUUGAAUACCUUUAACCUGGUUUAUUGGUUUGUAUAAGAAAUUCAUAUUUUAUAUGUCGGUAUACCUAUUGGAAUUUACAGAAUCUAUUACUUUGUAUAUUACAUGUAAUACCUACAUUUAUUUUGGAAUUCGUAAUAUUAUAUUUUUAAAUAUGAAAUAAUAGAAAACAUUCCUGGAAUAUCGUAAAUAAAAUAAGCAACAAAAUAAUAAUAAUAAUGAUAAAGUUACGUAUUUUUUUACAUAACUAAUAUAUAAAUAUUAUGAAGUAAUAAUAUAAUGUGGUUUUUCUGUUCACCACUUCGAAUACUAAAAUGCAGUCUUUCCAAUUAUCAGAUUCUAAGCAGGGUUUUAGAUUUUUUACUAUAGGGUUGAAAAUUUGCAUUAAUUCUCCUCGUAAACGAAAAAAAACGAUUUCAUUACCAAAACCCGCUAUGAUAUCACCAGAGACGGGGCAUUGUUCUUCAAAGUACCUGGGUGGGAGUGAAAGGGUUGGUCCAUAAUAUAAUCUCUAUAUAUAUAUAUUAUAUAAAAUGUGUGUUUGUGAUUGAAUAAUCAACGUCUAGCAUUUUUAUAAAUUAAAAGAUUAGCCAUCGAUGAAACCAAUAUGACCUGUGUAUUAUGUUUAUUAAAUUGCAUUCAGUUUGAGAACGAUAAAAGUUAACUGUAUUUGUAAAAGUAUAAAUCAAACCGUUAAACAAUGUUAUGAUUUUUUUUUUUCGUUUGACGAUCACAUCGGAGAACCGCUAAGUUAAUAAUUAAUUAUAAUUUAAAAAAUUAUAACCUACCUGCGAAUUGCGAUUUAUUUACAUUAAAAAAAUCAUUGAUAUCUCAUGAACCGCAUUAUAUAACUAUUAAUAACGGCGUAGUUUCGUUGUAAUAUCAGCGAUAUUAUAGCUAAUAGUAUGCCUCUAUGAUAUACGAUAUUCCGUGUUUGGUAGCACCGAGUAUAAUUUUCGAACAAACGCUUAACAUAAAUAAAAAGUCAAUUCAUUCACCUGCUACGAUACGGGCGAAACAUACUACAAACCGACGUAUAAAGACAUAAUUGUAGUAAAAAUGUAAAGUAUGAAAUAAAACAUGGCUUAUAAUUAUAAUAAUAAUAUGUUGAUUAUGAUAAUAAUAAUAUAGAUGUUUUGUCCGGCGAUACCGCGGUUGACAAUAUCCGGACUUCGUGGUUCGCGCAUGUGCGCAAUGCCGACUUUGGUGCUUAUAACUGUAUAACUAACGAGUUAUUGUACCGAUAUUUUGAUGUUAGUAGGGCCCCAACACGUUUGUGUAUUAUAAUAUGCAUUGAUCACAUAAUAUGUCAGUGUAGAUUUAUAACUUUGUAUAUACAUAUAGUGCUGGUAUAAUACUAUUGUGCAAAACUCAUAAAAACGUUUAUAUAAUACUGUAUUAUAAUUUAAAAGUUUUUAUUGGUGUGCAAGUAUAUUCCGUGAACGGCUUUAUUAUAAACGCGAAACAUAAAAAUUCAAACGCCAAAAUCGGCGCGGGAUCGUCUUGAAUUCGUUGUUACCAUUUUUUUCUAUAUAAUUUUGUGUUAAUUGACGACGCCUGCGUUUUUCACACACAAUGAAAAAACUAUGAUUUGUUCGUCGAUUUGAACAUUAAUUUUGUUAGAUGUGUAUAGUAUAGUCAUAAUCCCGGCUAAAGUAUUAAGUAUACACACGAAAAAUCUGGUGAAUAACAAAAUAAGAGCAAUACAUAAUCAUUGUUUACGGUCAUAUAUAAUAUGAUUCGAUUUAUCUAAACUCUCCCUUUGAAUUCUACACUCCCUUUGUUUUAUUCAGAGUGAUCGCUGAAAUUUAUCCUAUCGUGGUUUCCGAUAUAAUAUCUACAUAGGAAGUUAUUGUUCAAUACCACGCGUCUGUUAAUUUUUCAAGUAAAUAAUAUUAUGUAACCUAUAAUAUUCGAAUAUAGUUUUCGAAAUGAUCUAUGAUGAAUGCGAUUUAUUUUACUGGCUGUAAAAUGUGUAUGUCUAAUUAUUAUAUGAUUCGAAUUUGGUGGCAAUUGGUAUCGAAAAAAAAUUCUUAAGUUAAUUUUAUUCUUAUAUAAUAUAAUUUAAAAUUAUGUAUGGUAACGUAUGCAUUUUAGACCUAACUUACUAUUUAGCGUUUAUUAUUUAAAUGAAUUGUUUUGUUAUUCGCCAAUAUAGUCCACAUUGUUUGUAGGAAAUGUUUUUUAAGAACCGUUAUAGUGAAACAAAUGUAUAUCUAAUAUAUUUGUAAGAACGUAAGUAAAAAAAUAUACUAAUAUGCUAGAUUGAUUGCUUAUCCACUAUAAUGUCAUCAUUAUGACAAAUACACAAAUGUAUUUUUACUGUCCAUCAAAAUCUCAAAUAAAGAACAAUAAUUCUUAAUUAUUAUAUGAUUAAGAUUAAGAACAACAUAUUAUCUAAUAUCCUUAUAAAAAUAGUAGAACAAAAAAUACUUUAAAUGCGAAAAUUAAAUUAAAUUAUGCGAUGUAAUCAACUCGAAGGUUAAAAAUGAAAACUAGGAACGGCCGCAGCUUAGGUACGGAUCGCACUAAUAAGUAAAAGUAAAAAUUACGCAUUUAACAACUAACAUACUACUUGAAAGUCCAAUGGCCUAAAAAUAAAAAAGUAAACGCUCUUUUAUCUGUAGAGUAAAAAUGUAGAUGCUGAUAAAAAUGCUAAUUCGAAACUCUCGGAAUAGUUUCGGUGUACAUGAAUUAUUUUUAUCGGUUGUUUAAAAAAUCAUAAAUCGAGUAUUCGCGGACUCAUGAAAUCUAACGGGGAUUGAAAACUCGUGACAAACAAUUCAAAUCCCUAGCAGAUAUAUUUUUGCAUUUACCAAAAAUAUUUUUACAUUUUUCAAGUGAGAUAAGUAAUGUCGAUGAAAAUUAAUAACUAUGUUUUUGAACAAUUAGGCUUUUAAUAUGUAUGUAUGGGUGAGAAUAUUAUAGACCAGUGGUUUUUUGGCUUUGAGUGAUCAGAAGAAAAUUGACUUUCUGGACUCGUGCGAGUUACAUAACACUUUAUUGAACCACUGAGCAUUUGGCUCGUUGAGUUUUUAUGUAUUUUGUGAAAGCUCAAUAGGGUAUUUGUACUUUUACGCCCUACCGGGUAAUUUUGAAACAGCAUACGCGCCAUAUGUCGCUACGACCAUGUCAUUAUGAUCUCAUGAGUUUCUACUGACUUCUUUUACCUUUGUUAUGGCAUUGCCACUAAAUUAUUAUCUACGUUUACUUAUAUCCCUGUGGAAUGUGGAUACUCUUUCAUAAACUUAAUUUUGUUCCAAAAAUGUAAUUCAUAAUUUGUAUGGUUUGUCGUUUUACUGUUUGACAAUUGAUUCUAGUCUUGACAUUUUUUUUAUUAAAUAUUGAUUUUAUUGAGUCGAGAUUUAUGGUAAUCUAACCGUAAUUCGUGUUUAACAAAAUUUAUUUUUCCCUUAUUAUUGUUGCUCUGCUUUCCCCGUCAUCGUUAGGUUCAUUCUAUUUAUGCAAAUAAAGAAAUCUCCGUGAAGAAUAUAAGUGGUUAGAGUCUCUCGUUAAUUCGUUAAGAUGAAUCCUGAUUCCUGGUGGUAUUGCAUACGGUACUAUACCCCAGAGUAGAUCAUCUAAUUUUUUAAUAAGUAAUUAUCUACUAUCUACUCUUAUAACAAAUCUAUUUUUGAAUUUGUUAUGUGGAUGUACUUAUUAUUAACUAAUUCGAUGGCUAUUAAAAGUAAAAUUAAUAACAUAACAAAAUAAAUAACAAUGGCAGUAAUUCGUAAAAAUGUCAUCUGAUUUUUAAAUGGUAUAACAAAAUAAUCAAUACAACACAAUUACUAAUAUUCUUUAAAAAAAAACUAUGAUUUUCAUACGAUGGCAAAUAUUUUUUACACAAUAAGAUGAACUCCUUUGUCUUCCAAUCUGAUUUCGUUCUGUGUAUCUACUUAAUUUUGUACCUAGUAAAUUUUGCAUAUGUGUUGUCAACUUUCCAUCGAAUCACUUUAUAUAACAGUUACAAUAUGAUUAAAUGUUAUAAAAUUGUUUCAAAAUGUUUACUUAGGUCUACCAAAUGUAUUAUGUACAUUAUUAACAUUAUAGCUUUGAUUUAAAUUGUGUGUGUUUAAAUAAUGAUAAUUAUUAUUGUUAUAAUUAUUAUGAUUAUUAUUACUAUAUAUAAUAUUAUUACAGAUACAAUUAUUAUUAUUAUUAUUAUUAUUAUUAUUAUUAUCAUUCUCAUUAUAGUAAUACAAAACUAACAAUAAUAAUUUAAUUCAUUUUUAUGAAAUUUAUGUUUUCAAUUCUAUUUGGUAAAAUAUCAUCAUUCAUGUCUGUGUAUGUGUGUGUGAUUUUUUUUUCGAUUUUAAUUUAUAAUUUAGGUGUUUUAAAAACAAUAAUAUAAUACACGGAUUACGGAUAUGCUCGUAAAUAUUAUAUAUAUAUGAAAUUAAAAUUAAUUUAAUGGCUUAGCUUAUAUUAUUAUGAGACUUCAUUUUCAUUCAAGUCUACUUGUUUGUGAACUGAAUUGUAUUGUAAUGUACGAGCAAAUUAUUAAAGUUACGGGAAUUUAAAAUACAAAUAAAAGCAGUAUUUGAUAUUAAAGUGUAUUUUCUGUGUAUUUAUAUUUUAUAUCUACUCAGAAAAGAAAAUCCGUGUACUAUAUAUAUUUCUUUUUGAAACACUAGUGCAUUUUAGAUGAUUAAUAUUUACUAUAAACUGAAAUCAAUGUUUGAAUUUUUUCUUCUUUUUUUGUUUUUUUUUUUUUAUUAUUAUUACUAUUAAUUUAGCACCUUACGAGUAUAAAUGAGUUUAAUAUGUUUUUUCAACUAAUUUUAUUUUAUUCCUUUUUAAAAUUAUCCCUUAUUUAGUUAUUAUAUGUAAAUGCGGGCCAGUUGUUUUUAGCGGCACUCCCGUCCUGCGUGUCGAGUGUAAGUUUAUUUUUAAAAAAAAACCGUACAUAUAGAUAUAAUAUUUUACCAGUGCACAAAAUGAGUGCUCAAGUGAUUAUAAGAUUAUGAAAGAAAAAAAUAAUUGUUAAUUGUGUUACAUUAUCCCGUGUCAACGAAUCGUUUUUAAUUAUACGAAAACAAUAUAUAAAAAAUUUUUUUGUAUUUUUGAUCCGGUUGCCGGCUGUUUGCAAUCUUUUUAUACUCUUACAUCAAGUUGCGUGGUAUGAUAUAGGUAUACUUACCAUCAUCGAGAUCCGGUAUACCCCGUGUAUCGAUUGGUGUUAGUAUGUUACUUACACUGCGGUUACGUAUAUUAUACUUAUAUUAUGCCAUUCGUACCUUCCAAUCAUUCCAAGUCCUUAUUGGUUCUGUAGGUACACGUUAUGUGUACACGUAUACAGAAAUUACACUAUAGUUACGUUACAUCCUCAAUAGCACUCGUUGAUCGUUCGAAGACUGGCAUAACAUGUAACAGUUCGCAGGGCAUUUACGUGUCCAGCCGAGUUUUGGGUUGUCUCACGCUAUUUAUUCCGAGCCUACCAAACUAUUGUUGUCCGAUGAAUACUGUAUGAUAUACCCUACCUAUAUCCUAUACGUAUACCUUUUUUGAUCUGAGCGCACGUGCAGACAAAUAAUAUGUUUAUUAUAAGUAGAGAUCCAUCGAAUCGUCCUCCAGCGGUGAGAUAAGUUAUCUCAGAUAACUGCUCGAUAUGGUGUCGUGGGGUACUGUGAGAUACCUAAAAAUAAUAUAUAAACGUACAACGUUGGUUGGGUGAAACAAACUGCAGUGUUUGGAACUGAGUUAUGCAGAGUAGUUUAAAAAACUAUUAUCAAUGAUCAUGAUGACAAAUAUCGCUCGUGAUCACUGUGGUAACUACGUGGUAUUUGCUACCAUAGCAUAAUGUCGGAACGUUGGAGGGGGUAAAAAGAAAAGCAAAUUGUUUUCUCGGGUAAUAAGCGUCAUUUCCUCCGCGGUUUUUUAAAAAAAACACGCGUUUCUUUAGUUUUUCCAUCUAUUCCUUCUCCUUCACCGUCACUGACUAUCUUUUCGUUAAAUGCGCAAUUUUUUUCAGUUAUUGGCAAGCCCGCAACUUAUAUAAUAUUCUAUUCAAUAUUAAGUAGGUAGUCGUAAAUAAUAUAUUUAGGGCUAAUUUAUUUCGUUUUUCGUUCGCUUCUUUAUAAUAUUAUGUUGUGCAGGUAUUGUGUUAUAGUUUAGGUAUAGUUGUCGCUUUCGUCGGCACAUUAUAAUCGUGUACACCGUUCGUCAAGGCAACGACAUUUUUAAUACUACGGUAUGCCGUGACUGGAAAAGUAGGUACCGACUGCGUAACUGAUAAUAUUGGUAUAAUCUAUGUAUUCUGUGUAAAAUAUAUAGGUAGGUAGGUGGGUAUACCGUGACAGCAAUAAUAUAAUAUAGGUUAUAGGUAGGUAUUAGGUAUACUAUAUAGGUGUUGUGUGCACUGUGCUCUGUGCAUACAGGUAUUAUAUAUUAUUAUAAUGUGCGAUUGUCUUGUCAAUGGAAUAUUAUAUUCAGUAAAAUCCGUCCUCGUGUAGUGAAGAAAUAAAUGUUACCCAAAAUGUAUUGUAGAGUUAAUAAAAACAUUUUUUUGUUGUUAAUAAUCCAUUCACCGAAUACUGCAACUGUCGAUACAACACUAAAAUAUCAUAAUAUAUAUACUUAAUAUAAUAUCAUCCCCGUACGGGGGAGUGCGCACACAUACACAUUUUCUAAAUGACUAAAACUCUGUGAUAAUAUUGAAAUAAUUUUUAAAAAACAAUGUAUUAUAUAAUAAAAUAACGAUAAUGAUGAUUAUGAUGAUAAUAAUAAAUAAAUAAAUAAAUAAAUAAAUGGUAAUAGCGGUAGCAGGAAAACAAUUCUAAAUGCGAUUGUCCGCUGAGCAAAUCGUUCGAUUUGCAUAAAAUAUAAAAAUUUAAAUCCCUAAUUUGAUAUUAUUAUUAUUAUACGCUUUUAUACAUAAAUAAAUAUAUAUAUAUUAUUUACACGAACAUGUACAUGCAUACAUCUACAUAUUAUUAUAUACCUACAUAAUAUUAAACUAUCUACUUAUUAUUAUUAUUAUUAUUAUUAUUAUUAUUAUACUUCUUCCGUAGAUACUUUUUCUUUAACAGUAAUUAAUUAUGUAUAAAACGUACAACGAGCGUACGUAAUAAUAUAUUUACUUUGUACAUAUAUAUAUAUAAAUAUAUAUUUGUCGUUUUAAACGCAAUUUUAUUUACUUCUCUGUUACAUAUAAUAUAAUGUUUAUAGAUGUACCUACCAUUUUAAGUAAUAUAAUAUAUAACUUAUUGAUAUACAUAUGUACCCUAUACGUUCAAACUUUAAAAAAAAAUGUGACAUCGUUAUUUACGACCUCCUCCCCAUCCCUUGUCUCCGCGUAUGAUCAAAGUCACUAAUGUUUUAUUGUUACAUUGAUAUUAAUGUAAAUGUGUUUUUUUUUCUUAAAUUGUGUAGUUAACCAAUAUUUAUAUAUAUUAUUAUUAGAUAAUGCAAUAUUAUUAUUAUUAUUAUUAUUAUUAUUAUUAGAUAUGAUUUGAUUUGAUUUUAA